AUGGUUAUCUAUUCGUAUACCUUUGUACCUGAUCAUAGGAUUGCUAGUGACGACUUAAAUUGCUGGAUAGAUGAUACAACGCCAUUUGUGCCUUUGCAAAAAGCAUUAGCAGCAGAACACAGUUCGCGCCCACAUUCAGUACCCAGUUCCAGAAUAUCUUCUACAACAGCUUCAUUAUGUAGAGUUUUUAAUGACUGCACCAAUAUUUCGAACUCUAAUUCCAACUCUAAUGCCAGUACGAUACAUAAGAGAAAAUUUUCAUUGAAAGCUGAUGAAAAGGCUUUGAGCCAGUCAAUAUUUAAGCUUUUCAACGAAAAGUCUAUGAUAUGUAAACACGAAAAGGAUCAAGGCAAAUCUCUUUUCAUUCCACCCAGAAGUUUUCAGCACCAUAUUAUACCAAAGUGGUUGAAAGAAAACUACAGCACAGGCGGUUUCGAGCUUUUUAGGGACAUGAACUCCUCUGACUCUCCAUGUGAUACCAUAACAAUGGAAAAUAUUGAUUGGAUUUCAUAUAGGUAUCUUAGAAAAACACAAGAUAGUGAAACGAAAGAAGUGUUGUGCAGAUUUUGUGUGGGAAAAAAUUGGCUUGACUUUCGGUUCUACUUCAAACAUUUGCUUUUCUCACAUGGCAUAAUAACAAAAUUGAAAGAUCCGAAUGAACCGAUGCAGAAGACACUCUUCUUUCAACAAUCCUCAUGGGAUACUGUAAUAAUUUUUGAAUUGCUACCAUUACCGGAUCUUUUCUACUCUUUUAAGUUCAAUACUGGCAAUAGAAGGACCCAUGUGAAGUGCCCCAGUUGCUAUAUGUGGAUUCGAUUAGGAUGGUGUGAAUAUGAUGAAAUCUUGGAUCUUUCAGCCUCAAAUGAUGUUGACUUUUUCAAGACGAUAAACUUACUUCGAGAUGACAAGAUUAAAGAUGAAAAAGCAGAAUAUGAAAAAUUCACCUUAACUCAAAAACGCGAUAGAAGUCUGAUUGAUGGGUUUUAUGAAAAUUAUUUCAAGCAUUAUGUUGAGUGUAAUGAAAUUGAUUUGAACUCACUGUAUGUCGAUGUUACUUGA